AUGUCUCGGAUAUCACAUAACCGAGACAUAUCACGAUGUCUCGGAUAUCACAUAACCGAGACAUAUCACGAUGUGGUGAUAUGUCUCGGUUGUUCGACCCGGUUUUGUCGAGAACACAUCUUGGUUCCGGAAGAUCAUCUCAGAUACCUCAGAUACCUUUUUGGACCGUUGCUGGAAGACAUAUCACGAUGUCUCGGAUAUCACAUAACCGAGACAUAUCACGAUGUCUGGAAGACAUAUCACGAUGCUGAUAUGUCUUCCAGAAGAUCAUCUCCGGAAGAUCAUCUCAGAUACCUCAGAUACCUUUUUGGACCGUUGCUGGAAGACAUAUCACGAUGUCUCGGAUAUCACAUAACCGAGACAUAUCACGAUGUCUGGAAGACAUAUCACGAUGCUGGAAGACAUAUCACGAUGUCUCGGAUAUCACAUAACCGAGACAUAUCACGAUGGUCACUUAGCAUAAGAAAUGAUUCCAGGUGCCUGUCAAACUCUUGCCAAAAGAACUCUACAUGUGAUGCUGCUGCUAAGGACGAUUCCUGCCGCUGUGCAGACACAGUUGAUAUUUUGGGGGAAGACUGCAAUAAAACUGAUGAUCCUUGCGCCUCAAACCCUUGUCUUCAAAAUGCUACCUGUUUAAGCACUGCAGGAAACCUCAGCUUUACUUGUGAAUGCCACACUGGGUACAGUGGAACUACCUGUGAAACAGCCAUCAGCCUCUGUGACACAAACCCUUGUAGACAUGGAGGCACUUGUCAGAAUGGCGUGGCUGGCCCUACCUGUGUUUGUAGUGCAGGAUACACGGGCAUGCUGUGUGAGACCUACUUCAAUGUGUGCAUUUCUAAUCCAUGCCACAAUGGAGCAUUGUGCAGGGAAGGAAUUGACGGGUACUCCUGCUACUGUGUCCCAGGCUAUCAAGGCAAGCACUGUGACCUGGAAGUGAAUGAAUGUGAUUCAGAUCCCUGCUUGAAUGGGGCUACAUGCCUGAACCAGAUAGGCAAGUAUGACUGCAUCUGCCCAGCUGAGUACAUGGGUAUAAACUGUGAGCUGGAAAUUGACGAGUGUUUGUCACAGCCUUGUCUAAAUGGUGCAACCUGUCAUGAUACUUUGGGUAGCUAUUUCUGUUCCUGUGCACUUGGAUUCCUAGGUGAACUCUGUGAAAUCAACAUUGAUGAGUGUGCCAGUCAGCCAUGCCUCAAUGGAGGGCAGUGUAUAGAUGAUGUCAAUAGGUAUAGCUGCAACUGUACCAGUAGUGGAUUUAUGGGCCUGCACUGUGAAAUCUUAAUUCCCUUAUGCCAGACACAACCAUGCCACAAUAAUGCUACCUGUGAGGACAGCGCUGAGAAUUAUACAUGCCACUGUUGGCCAGGUUAUGCAGGUUCCCAUUGUGAGAUUGAUGUAAAUGAAUGCAGCAGUAAUCCAUGCUUCUAUGAGAGUGAAUGUGUGGAGCGGUCCUGGACAACCUGGUAUGGACGUAUUCUAGAACUGCCAGCAGAUUUCAGCUACAACAGAGCAUCGGGUUAUGUGUGUAAUUGUCGGCCAGGAUUCACAGGUAUUCACUGUGAAGAAGACAUCAAUGAAUGUUACAUGAACCCUUGCCAAAACGGUGGCACCUGUGAGAAUUUUCCUGGAAAUUACACUUGUCAUUGCCCAUUUGGAGAGAAGGAGGGGAUUUCUUAUGGUGGCAGGAACUGUACGGAGGUCCUCCUUGGCUGCAAUGACCAUCAAUGCCAAAACAGUGGUUUAUGUAUCCCUCAUUUAAAAAAUGGCCACCAUGGAUCCAGCUGCAUCUGCCCACCUGGGUAUACUGGAACACACUGUGAAACAAUAACCACCUUUUCUUUUGAGGGAAAUGGUUUCCUUUGGGUGAACAGUGACAUGACCGGUGUAAAGGAAUCUUUCUAUAACAUAAACCUGAGGUUUCAGACUGUGCAACCUACAACUUUUAUAUUUCACCGAGGGGAGAAAGAUACGUUUGUCAAGUUGGAGUUACUGAAUGGCUACUUACACUUAUUCAUGCAAGUCAAUAACCAGCCACAGGUUCUUUUGCAUAUUUCACAUAAUGUCAGUGAUGGAGAAUGGCAUUCCGUGGAGGUAACCUUAGCAAGAGCUGUUACCCUUAAUUUACUUGACAGCUCUUGUAUAGAAUCAUGUGUCAAUAAAUCUACUGCUGCAAUAGAUAGUGAUCAACUGAUGCUUGCAUUUCAGAGCACAUUUUUGGGUGGUUUACCAGUGGGAAACAUGAGCAGUGACUCUCCACCUAACAUCUAUAAUAUUCAUUCUGCACCUUCAUUUGUAGGCUGUCUUCAGGACAUUGAAAUAGACUUGAACAUUAUUACCCCUGAGAACAUAUCAAGUGAAACAUCUUUAAAUGUCAAAUCAGGCUGUACGAAACAGGACAGGUGUGAAAACCACCCUUGUCAAAAUAGGGGACGCUGCAUCAACUUGUGGCUGAGUUAUCAAUGUGACUGCUACAGGCCUUACACAGGGCCAAACUGUUCAACAGAGUACAUGCCAGGCCGAUUUGGACGUGAGGACUCCUCGGGGUAUGCUGCUUUUUCUGUUUAUGGUAGUCAGAACGAAAACAUGACUAUAUCAAUGUUUGUCCGGACACGGAAGUCUUCUGGCUUGUUACUAGCUGUGAGGAACAGUACAUCUCUGUAUAUAAGGAUCUGGUUGGAAGAUGGGAAACUAGUCAUGUUAGCCUCAAAUUCCACCAAAUUGUUCAGCACAUGGACUGUGAGUGAUGGAAAUUUUUACUUAAUAUCAUUAAAAAUAGAGCCAAAUAAGGCUGAAUUGUUCCAGUCGUCUCAACAGCUAGGCUACAUUUCUACCCCAAUACUAACAGUCCAAAGUAGGGAUAUUCUCUAUAUUGGAGGACUCCCAGACAAACAAGAAACUGAUAUAAAUGGUGGGUAUUUUAAAGGCUGUAUCCAAGAUUUAAGACUGAAUAACCAACAACUGGAAUUCUUCCCCACUACCACAUCACUGUAUUCUGUCAUCAACCGAACACUGAUCAGCGUGACCCAGGGUUGUACUGGUGACAAUCUUUGCAAGUCCAACCCUUGCCACAAUGGUGGCAUUUGCUAUUCUAUCUGGGAUGACUUCACUUGCACAUGCCCCCCAAACACAGCAGGGAAAGCAUGCGAGGAAGUUAAGUGGUGUGAGCUCAGCCCUUGUCCUCAUGAAGCACAGUGCCAGCUGGUACACCAAGGAUUUGAAUGUGUUGCCAAUGCAGUGUUUAGCGGCAGAAGCAGUGCAAUAUUUUACAGAACCAAUGGGAAGAUAAGGAGAGACCUCACCAAUAUCGUAUUUGGCUUUCGGACUAGGGAUGCUGAUGUGAUACUGCUGUAUGCUGAGAAGGAGCCAGAGUUCAUUACCAUUAGCAUUCAGAACACCAAGCUAGUGUUUCAGCUGCAAAGUGGCAACAGCUUUUAUGUGCUGACCCUAGCUAGUUCACAGCCCGUGAAUGAUGGGAAAUGGCACCAAGUGAUUCUCUCUAUGACAGAACCCUUAUCCCAGUCGUCUAGAUGGCACAUUGAUAUAGAUGAUAAAAAAGACACUGCAACUAGUACAGUCGCCACAGGAAGCCUCAACUUCCUAAGAGAAGAAAUAGAUAUUUAUGUUGCCGACAAAGCUUUUGACAAUCUGGAUGGCCUAAGGGGAUGCAUGAGCACUAUAGAAAUCAGCGGCAUUUAUCUCUCGUACAUUGAAAAUUAUGAUGGCCACACUAAAAAACCUCAAGAAGAACAAUUUCUCAAAAUAUCUGCAAAUUCUGUUGUUACUGGCUGUUUGCAAUUGGAUGCCUGCAGCUCUGAUCCCUGUAUGCAUGAUGGGAUAUGUGAAGAUUUAUAUAGUUACUAUCGUUGUACGUGUCCCAAGGGAUGGACUGGCAUGCAGUGUGAAACCAACAUUGACGAAUGCUUUUCAAACCCCUGCAUUCAUGGAAACUGCUUGGAUAGAAUCACAUCCUACGAGUGCAGUUGUGACCCUGGUUAUACUGGGGUAAACUGUGAAGAGGACCUAGACAACUGCCGUGGUCACCUGUGUGCAAAUGGGGCAACUUGCAUAGAUGGAGUUAACACUUAUUCCUGCCUGUGUGCUGGUAACUUCACUGGAAAAUUUUGCAGGCGCACCAGGCUACCUUUUUCCGUCUGUGGGAAUGAGAAGAGAAAUCUCACUUGUUACAACUAUGGCAACUGUACUGAGCUCAAAGGCGAGUUGAGAUGUAUGUGCCUGCCAGGCUUUAGUGGAGAACGGUGUGAAACAGACAUUGAUGAGUGCAACUCUGAUCCGUGCAUGAAUGGAGGCCUCUGCCAGAACCUACUUAACAAAUACCAGUGCAUCUGUGAUGUAAACUAUGCUGGCGACCGCUGUGAGGUAGAUUUAACAGCUGACUUGAUCUCGAACAUAUUCACCGCCAUUGGCUCAGUAACGUUGGCCUUGUUAUUGAUCCUCUUCUUGGCAGUUGUGAUUUCCGUCAUAGCUGCCAACAAACGGGCGACUCAAGGGACUUACAGCCCCAGCCGGCAGGAGAAAGAGGGAUCCCGUGUGGAGAUGUGGAACAUGGUGCAGCCACCACCGAUGGAAAGACUGAUAUAG